AUGGAUCUCUUCUCCUUCACCCUGACUCUCCUGGUUCUCCUGCCCCCAGCCUGGGGCUUUGACCUGGGCCAGUCGACCCGCUGCGUGCCCAUCCCCCACCAGAUGAGUGUGUGCCAGGACGUGGGCUAUUCGGAGAUGAGGCUGCCUAACUUGCUGGGGCACAGCAGCCUGGAGGGCGAGGUGGUUCCCCGUUCGGAGGACUGGAGACCCCUGCUGCAGACCGGCUGCCAUCCCCAGGCCCAGGCCUUCCUCUGCUCCCUCAUCGCCCCUGUUUGCCUCGACGCGUUUAUCCAGCCGUGCCGUAGCCUGUGUGUGGCCGUCAGGGACAACUGUGCCCCAGUACUGGCCUGUCAGGGCCAUGUCUGGCCAGAGGCGCUGGACUGUGACCGCUUCCCUACCCAGGAGGACAUGUGCCUGACCCCCCACCCCAAACACAGCAACAGCCACCUCGCCAAAGCAUUGCCUAAGCCUGCAUGCCAAGCAUGUCCUUCCGUGGAGGAGCACCCUUCACUGAAGACAGUUCUGGACGCCCUGUGCCAGGAUGAUUUUGCUGUAACAGCCAAGCUGUCUCGCCGGCGCCUGCCCUCAGGGGAGCCAGAGUUUGAGGUGGAGGGCCGGGUAGAGUUUAUCCGCCAGGGCCCCCUGCUUCCCUACGACACCCAGCACCUCCUCCAGCAAUGGCUGCUCAUCAACCUGCCCUGUGCCAACGUACUGGUCCGGCCCGGCCGCGCCCAGCUCUACCUGCUGACUGGCGCCGUGCAGCCCGAUGGCACCCUGGCCCUCACCCGCCUCUUCCCCUGGCACAAGAAGAACAACAGCAUCACAAUAGCUACGCGCAAGUGGAAGCACCACAAGUGUUGA